GAAGAAGAUGAGGAGAGGAUGGUGUGUGUGUGUGUGUGUGUGUGUGUGUGCGUGCAUCGAAACAUCCAGAAUAGAGGCUAAGUGCCUUCUGUCAACAUGAGAGCCUCCUGGAUAUUGUAAGCAGCAGACUACGAGGACUCACGGGGAAGAGACAGAAAGGGGGCAUAAGGAGAUGCCGAUAAAGCCGAACCCCUCGAAUGCCACGACUCCCACAGUCAUUUCCAACCUUUCUUUCUGCCCUACGCCUCGUGCACGACCCACACAGCCAUCACCGAGCCAAUCACUACUCAACACCGGCAGUGGAGAACGGGCCAUCAGCCAGCCCUGUGACGGGCCAGGGAAUCCAAUUCAUCCUGCUUUAAAUCCCACCCGUUCACCGUUUUUCUCCCCUUCUCUCCCCUUUCCUUUUCUUUUCUUUUCUUGCAAUAAAGUCAUCCGGGAUCCUCGCGUGCUCUUCAUAUCUCCAGACUAGUCCAGGAUUCUGCCCCAAGUUCUUCAGCGUACACCCGGUGGACUGGUUCUCGACAGAUCCCCACUGUUUCCCUACCGAGUCUCUGUAUCUCCGCACAAACACACAGACCACCACUUCCCCU